GGGACUCGAAGCCGCGCGCCCGCCUUCUCUUUCUCACUCUGUCUGUUUGUAUCUCUCUCUCUCUCUCUCUCUCUCUCUCUCUCUCUCUCUCCCUCUCCCUCUCUUUCUAUCUCCAUCCAUCUCUCUCUUUCUCUCUCUCUCGUGUAUACACACGCAGACGCACACACCCUCCUCGAAACGUCCUUCCACAAUUUUUGUUUUUGUUUUGGUUUCGGUUUUGGUUUUGUUUUUCUUUCUUCUUUUUCUUUUCUUUUCUUUUCUUUUCAUUUUCUCUUCGCACACGUACGUAGGUAGGUAGAUACGCACCUAUAUUUCGACGCAAGCAUAUACGACCGAUGAGAUUGACGAGUUUUAAGGAUAACACGAAAUCCUGCAAUGAUGUCGUACGAUUGUCCCCAUCCGGUUUCAAGGACUUAUCGAUACAAAAAGAUAACGAAGCCGCUCUUAGAACGAAAGAGACGAGCACGUAUCAACCGAUGUCUCGACGAAUUAAAGGAUCUCAUGGUGGACGCACUCGAAACGGAAGGUGAAAAUAUCAGUAAAUUAGAAAAGGCGGACAUUCUCGAAUUGACGGUACGUCAUUUGCAAAGAUUACAAGCUUCUCGUUCCGCCGGUUUGUCUGGUAUUUCAACGACGGCAAUACCAACAACGCCAAUACCAACGACAACAACAACGACGACAAUAAAGAUGACGACGAUGGUUAACGAUGAAGCUACUGCUGAAAGUCGAUGGCAAUCGGGCUUUGGACAUUGCGCCACGGAAGCAUGUAAAUUCUUGGCCACGCUUCCUGGGAAGGCGGCGGAGAAUUUGGCCAGGCAUCUAGCUAUUGGUCUUCAAAAUAAUUCCAAGAUUAACUCGUUGAGCAUCAAUCCCAAUCUUUCGACGACACUGAUCGAUCUGGAUCCUGGCACCUUAAUCGGUCCUUGUCUGAUCAAUCCAAUUCCCUCAACAGACACUAAUAUAAUCGUACCGAAUAUCGCAAUUCCUACUAGCAGAACGAGUCCUUGUGUCAAUGUGAAAACAGGAACAUUUAAAAGUACGUCAACGGAAACAACGAUAGGGUCGUUAGAAAAUCGUACGAGAUUUCACGGAGACGAUCGAAAGCAAUUGACAUUUGAUACUAAAGAAAUUCGACGAAAUUCUAUGGUCAAACGUAAAACGACCAAUCAUCAGAGAAUUAACGCGGAGGACGACGAGGAAAUCGAUGUUGAACGCGUAGACGAUGGUGAUCCUAUGUGGAGACCUUGGUAGCGAAAAAUUUUUUUAAUUCGAAUCUUAUAUUAUGAAGAUGAAGAGAGAAAAAGAGAGAGAGAGAGAGAGAACAAAAUAUACGAUCUUCGUUAUAUUUGCAAAUAUAAACAGCUGAUCGAGACAUUAAAAAUAUUUUACGAGAUAAGAUUAUUCAGAGAAUCUUCGUUGGUUUAUAUAAUAUUAUUUAUCUACAUAUAGUUAAGAAUCAAACUAAUUUGGAGUUGUGCUAUCUGUAAAAUAGCACAACUAUAAAAUAGAUCUAUAUGAGUAGGAUUAUAGUAUUACGAUACUAUAUUGCUCAUUAUUUUGGUACAUGGCUUUAAUUCCGUAGUUAUAGCAUACUUCACUAUACUUUUAAUUUUAAUACUUUAUUAUACUCUUAAUUUCUACGAUAUAGUUUAAUUUCACCGUAUUUCGUAAAAGUGACAAAAUAUUACCUCUGAUUAUUAGUAGACGUUUAUAAAUUAUUCGAUGACGAAUUAUAUUUUGACUAUUCGAAUAGAAUGAUCGAAUAUAAUAGUUUAAACGUUUCAUUGAAGCAACGAAUCAAUCGUUUGAGAGAUAUCGUACUCGUUUGUAUAUCGAAUUCUUUUUCUUUUCUUUUCUUUUCCUUUUUUUUUUCUUUUUCUUUCAAAAUAAGUUUAUCGUGUAUGACAAGACAUAUCACUCGGUAUAGAUAUUUAUUUUAAUUUUCAUAUAAAUAUUAAUACUUUUUGUGUGAUUAACCUGUGAUAGCAGAAAGAAAAUACAAUUAUACUUAAAACUUUAUUUUAUACUAUUACAUUUAUCAAUAUUUUAAUAAAAAUAUUUUACGCUUUCAGUACGUGCGCUCUGUCCUUACUUUAAGCCUAUUCAUCAUUUUUUGAUUUUAUAAUAGUUUGCGCCAUCAACGAGUACAGAUAUAAUUCUUAAUGGAUUUUGACGAACAAGAUCUCAUUUUAAAAACGAGGAAUCGAAAAUGUAAUAAUCAUUUUCUGUGCUAAGAUCUCGCCUUUUAAGGUUGUAGAUUCCAUUUCAUAUUUUACA